AUGCCAGUGGCACAGCAUGGCACCUUCGUCAUUCCAGCUGGAUCUGCAGCAUCGACACCGCCCCCGCGCUCUCAGAGUGGCCGUGGGCCACUGCAGAUUCUGAGAUUCGAGAUGCGUUCGUUCGAGUGGAUUCAGACCGCCCCAGGCUCGAUGACGUCUGCCGCCCUCGGUCGGUGGGGCUUCACGCUCGCCUUACAGGCGGUCAUCGACGCAUCGCAGGCGCAUUACGCCCGCUCACCCCACCAGCUACGCUUCCUCCUGCGGUCAGAGCUCAGCUUUCCAGAGCCGUGGGGUCGUGGGGCCGCCUGCGAUGCGCGCAGCCCCGCGAAGACCAGCACCCAACCGUACGGGCGAUCACGGUCCCCCGCUAUGACGCCACGCGCGGCACCCUGCGAUCGCCAAACUUACACACACGGAUCUGCAGCCGUUCGCGGAAGCUGCACCGGACGCGUCGGGCGCGCAGCGCGCGAUAAGUAA